CCUAUCCUAACAAAGAUUGAAACACCUCAAGUCGUUCGUCAUGCCUACUCAAGAAGUACUUAACCAGUGGGAAGCUUCUUCCCCAACUACUAAAAGCGAAGGCCCUCUUCAAGGCACAUCAAACCGUUCGUCUCCCUCACGCAUCAUCUUCAUCCUUCAGCUAACUUCGCCUGAUCAAGCUCCCCAGUCCCUGGUCUCUAAACACGAGUGCUUUGCCGCACAACCCAACGCGGAAGUAUGUCCGACGUAUGACGAUGGGCGUCUUGCGCUCGAUCAGGAUCGCGUUCGCAAUAGUGGUGCUCGUACGCCCGGCUCUAUCCACGCCGACAUCGUCGCACAGAUAGAAGCGAAGCGAGAACGAAAGGCCUCGGAGGAAGCGAAGAAGGACAAGAAGAAGUCAACAUAAGAAUACCACUGUGACGCGUAUUUCUCAACGGCAUAUUCGAUAUCGAAAAGGGACUCGGUAGCGUCAAGUCUGGGGUUGUCCUGGUCGUUGAUCAUGGGCUAUGAAUCGAGCCUGACUUCCUGUUCGUAAAACGUUGCUCCGAAUAGGCUUCUUUCGUCAUUUUCAAUUUGAUCUGUAUCUCUGGUGGUAUCAUCUGAUCACAAACAGUCCUAUAACACGUGCGUGUAGAUUGAACACAGUAAAACUUGAACAAAGCAGAAGCAGAAGAAACAGAAC